AUGGCACAAGUAGACUCCACUGCAUCGGUGGCAACGUCCGGCUUGGGGGAGAGUAGGGAACGUGGAGCAAGGCGGAAGAAGGUUUAUGGAUACCUCAAAGCUGCCAACGAGCUGCGACAAUCAUAUCAAUCACAAUGGGCACAGUCACGAGAACAAAGCGAUCUCGAGGAUGAGCAGGGGCUUUCCGGUGCAUUUUCGGAUGUCGAGAUCGUGCGUAGCGGGAAUGAAGAAAUGGUCCUCUUCCCUAGCUAUGCUCGAAAGCACACAAAAAGACCCCAAACAGCUCACUACGACAAGCCUGGCGCCCAUGAAGAUAUUGCUCAGUCGGCAAGUUCGGGUGAUGCAGAAUAUUGGAAGCGACAGUGGGAACAAUAUGAAGAUGAUAAUGCCAUUGUUGACAUCGAUGUGCGAGGCUGGAUCUACACCCCACACCAAGGGGCUAUCACUCGCAAGAAUCGCUUAGUUAUUGCAGUAGCAAGGAGACUGAGUGGCAUUCCAGCACCAACGCCAAGCCCAGAUAGUAGCCGAGAUUCAAGUCGGCACUCUCUUCAUCGUGAGAGGUUAGAGGAGCGAGCAGCCAGGCACGAAGAAGAAGCAGCCGCAAAAGCAGCUCAAUCCAUCGUACAAAGAGGAGAAGGAGAGGCUGAUGCUGCAUGGCGUGGAGGCUACAGCCAGGAUCCAUCCAAGAAUGUUCAGGGUGGAAGCCCGUACAGCACAAGGUCAAGUUCGCCUGUCAGCCAGCAUGAAGCUUCAGAUGAGCCACACCCCGGUCACCUCAGGCAUGCACAAACAGAUUCCUCUCUCGCCUCUGAGUACGAUGACCCUGCCAUUAAAUCACUGGCGAAACGGAACUCUUGGAAUCGACCAGCAAACAUGUCCAAAGAAGAACUAGCUAGGGCCAAUACUCUUUUGAUGGCCCGACUAAGGCCCUUCAUGCAUCUUCCUCUGGCUGGUGCGCCCAUCACAGUCUUCUUUUUCAACGACCAGACAUCUCAGUCCCGUUCAGUAAACACCAACGAGUCGGGUCACUUCACCCUGCGUGCCUCGCUGGACUUUGUGCCGACCUCAAUACGUGUGUUGGCGUCGGAGAAUCUCUCUGUGACGGAGAAGAUCACCAUUGUGGAGUCCCGAGGCGUGAGCUUGAUCAGUGAUAUUGACGACACUAUAAAGCAUUCCGCUAUCGCUGGUGGAGCCAAGGAGAUCUUUUAUAAUACUUUUAUUCGGGAGCUCGGUGAUCUGACUAUCAAGGGCGUUAAAGAAUGGUACUCUAGGCUUGCUGCUUUGGGUGUACAGCUGCAUUAUGUGUCAAAUUCACCUUGGCAGCUAUACCCGCUGUUGCGCAGCUACUUUGCCCUCGCUGGACUGCCUCCCGGCUCAUUCCAUUUGAAGCAGUAUUCUGGCAUGCUGCAAGGGAUAUUCGAGCCAGCUGCAGAACGAAAGAAAAGCUCCCUAGACAAGAUCCUGCGAGACUUUCCGGAUCGUAAAUUUAUAUUAGUCGGUGACAGCGGCGAAGCAGAUCUCGAAGUGUACUCCGAUGUGGUCAUGGCGAACCCUGGACGGAUAUUGGCGGUCUUCAUACGAGAUGUAACCACGGCCGAGAAGAGGGAGUUUUUCGACCAAUCCCCCAGUCGUCCUCAAGGCGGACGACAUCAGAUGGCGGAGAAUGAUGCUCGACGAGGAGCUGUUUUGGCACAAUCAGAUGCGCCUGAAGCUCGUCCAUCGCUUCUGUCACGGACACGCGAGACAGGCGCCAGAGCUGAGCCAAGGCCAAAUUCGGGGGGAGACUUGAUUGAUUUCAACCAAGACGAUCAAGUUCACAGUCCAAGAGAAUCCUCAAAUUAUGCAGACUUGCAGGAAUUGGGGCAAAACGAUGGGACAUCUCCUCGAUCGCCACCCGCUCGACCCUCCAAACCCUCAUCUCUUCGUAGUACCUCCAAUACACAAAUCCGGUCUACUAACCAUGAAAGAUCUACUGUUACAACAUCUUCUCCAACCUCACCUCCACCCGCAAAAACAUCUCCUAAGAACCCUGGCCCGCCGCCCAAACCUCGGCGUUCGUCCACCUCCAUCAACCUAUCUUCAAAUCAGCAUGCGUCUUUCUCCUCCAAUCGUCAAGAUCGAAGACGGGCUCAACCACUCAACCCUCCAACGUUGCACAACUCGGCCCCAAAUCCCCAGGAAGAAGGCUACGCCACCUCCGCCCGCCUCCCUUCUCCUCGCACCCUCUGGAGCAGCAGCCCGCACGCCACAACCUACUCUUCGAACACGACUCCUACCCAAGAAAAUCCAAACCCGAUCUCCCCUAGCACUCAGACCCAAGCACCCUCCCUCGCACCUCCACCACCAUCAUCCCGCCCCUCCGCCCGCCGCAAUAUCUCCUCCGCAGCCCACAAUUUCGCCUCCAACCCGGCGCGAGGAAACGGCGGUGCACCUCCUGAGAGUCCAUAUAACAAGAAAGAGGAAGUUUGGCGGCGAAGGUGGGCGAGGGCGGAGGAGCUGAUGAGGAGGGAGGGCGUGGUUCUGAGGACUUGGAGGGUGGGUGGGGAUGUUAUGGUUGAGGACCGCCGCCUGUUGCGCCGAGAGCAGGAUCCCCAGGAUCGAAAGUACCAGACUGCAGUGCCAGAGGGCGGAGGCGAGCCAGUAGGCGCCCGAGACCGUGUUCCAGGAGAAGGAGCCGAUGACCGCGGCGGCUAG